UGUCCUGUGGGCUUUGAUGUAAACAGAUGCUUCAUUCAGACGGAUUGAACUCGGAGAAGUCUCCACCCCUGACCGUGACAGCGCGUUUCCUUUAACCCAGCAGGUGAAUCCCGAGGCUGCGGAGCAGGAGCCGCCGCUGCUCUGGAAGCUCCUCCAUCUUAUUGAUGGCUCGAGCCUGAUUGAUGGCUCUCCUCCUCCUCGGGGAGAAGCUGCUCGCAGCCUCCUGAGAGAAGCUUGCAGGGGUCCGGGUUUCCCCUCUGCGCUCAGAGGAGCGUCGGCCGCGGGACUGCAGAGGAUUCGGCGCACGAUGCGCGGAGGCUGCGUGGAGACGCUCCCCGGGACUCCGGAGCGCGUGAGGCGGUUGCAGCUCCGGGGAAUGUCGCCGCAGCGCCGAGAUCCGGGAGCCUGAGGGCGGCGUGGACGCGCAUCUGUCAGGGUAUUAUGAGCGCGGUGGAGGAGGAGGUGGACGGAGGCUCGAGCCAGCGCCACGCCCGGGAGGAAGGCGAGGCGCUCGGCUCCCGAGGCCGCCCGCACCCCGGCGACGGAGGCGAUGAGCAGGAGGAGGAGGCCCGCAGCUGCGGGGACGCAGCGGAGGACAGCGGGGGGCGAUUCUCCGGCGAGGAAGGGGGAACCUCCCGCAAGGCGCAGGAGAUGCCGUCCAACAGCAGCAGCGACACCUGCAUCCCCACCCCCAGCUGCCGGAUCUGCUUCCAGGGCGCAGAGCAGGGCGACCUGAUGAACCCGUGCCGCUGCGACGGCUCCGUCAGGUACACGCACCAGCAGUGCCUGCUGAAGUGGAUCAGUGAGCGCGGCUGCUGGACCUGCGAGCUCUGCUGCUAUCGCUUCCAGGUCAUCGCCAUCAACUUGAAGAGGCCGUGGCAGUGGCAGUCCAUCACCAUCACCCUGGUGGAGAAGGUGCAGAUCAUCGCCGUGCUGCUGGGCUCUCUCUUCCUGGUGGCCAGCAUCUCCUGGCUCUUCUGGUCGGCGCUGAGCCCUCAGGCCAUUUGGCAGCGCCGCGACGUGCUCUUCCAGAUCUGCUACGCCAUGUACGGCUUCAUGGACCUGGUCUGCGUCGGUCUGAUUGUCCAUGAGGGGGCAGCAGUGUACAACGUCUUCAUGCGCUGGCGGGCCGUCAAUCUUCACUGGGACGUUCAGAGUUACAACAAAGCCAAGGACAUGGAGGAGAUCAGCACUGGCCCCCCCUCUGUGGCCCCCAGGACGCUUUGGUUGCCUUUGGCCACUCUGGGGCCCAGUAGCCCCCUCCAUUCCGCCCAGAUUGGGCCCCACCCAUGGAACUGCCUCUGCUUGGCCCCGUUCUGCCCCGGACUGUUGCCCCGAAACGACCCGAGCCAGGACACGGACUCUGGAGAGGUCGUCAUUCGUGUGACAUCUGUGUAGAAGCCCCACGGUGGCACUUUGAAUCUCUUUUUUUGACGUUUCUUGUUGCCAAAUCUUUUUUAAAGGUGAGUUGUUUUCUGUUCUGUCUGGGGCCGGCCCUCAAACCCAUCUCACUGCUUUUUGGGUUUGGACUUCUUCCAGCUUUUAGUCCAACGGCGAACAUCCAAAGCUGUGUGGAAUUCAGACCAAAUGAGACCAACACUUUUGGUCCACCAAGUCUUGGGGUUUGAAAUUGGUUUCUUCUUUGUGGACUCUGAAAGUGUUCAUUGGUUUUUGCUGAGUCAUGCUAACUGCAGAUUGAUGGUUUUACUUUGACAUGAAGCUACUUUGACUUUAAUCUCCGCUGACACCAUUGAUUGUAUACGAGAACUGGAUUGAGUGAGUGUGACAUCACCCAUAAAACGACUUACUUCCACCUCUAACUGAAUGAAGUCAAUACAAUCACCAUUUUUUUGGAAAUACGGACAGCGGCAUGUUGGAGACGUCAGUUUCUUAAAUAGUGAUCAUAGACAUAUAUUAAUCACUGGACAAAGCAAGAUGUUGACGUCACCCAUAGAAAAUGCCUUACCUCCUUACCAAAUCGGGCCAAAGCCUUCACCGUGGCGUCUUGAUACAACAUUAUGAAACCCGUUGACAGUGAUUGGUCCGAACUACAGUCACCAGUCAUGAACUUAUUCAAAAUUAUGAUUAUUAAGAACAUGUUUAAAAUAAAGGUAUCAGAGCAAAGAUGAUUAUUCUGACAAAUAUAAUGACUGAGAAAUAGACGUUUUUUACUCUAUAGAAGUUUAUGGGAUUUUGGCUUCUGUUGGCACUUCUUGUUUAAAACCUUAAUGGAGGGAUCAGUUCUCUUUUACAGUCAAUGAUCGUGUCACACUUUCUAGCAUGCUAAUGUUAGCUUUCAAGCUACAUUUUGAUUUUAGAAGGAUUUUUGAAGGUUAAAGCAAUAAUCACAAGGUUAUGAAAACUGAAAUGACAAACAAUCGGACCAAAGUUAUUUGAUGCGGUCUCUUAAAUCUAGCCACUGACGUUAACUUUAACACGCUGCUGUCUGUAUUUGUAGCAGAAUCAUUGUUGACAUUUAAGUGUUUAAGUAUAAUAAGCUACUUGAGCUGGUUUUCAAGCUUCUGUUUUAUCCUGAACUAGAUUAAGAAGGAUUUCGAUUAUUUUUAAAGAUGCUACAGCAUAUCGACAAAAUCCUGACAGUUUGGAGGAUUUUUUUUUCUCUCUUAAUUUAAACUUUAUGGACAAGUUGGAUAAAUGAAUUGCUGUUUUUUUUUAUCAUGUAGUUCUCGUCUCUUGUCUGAAAGAUUGAGCAAGAUGGAGACAACAGAGAAAAGCUAGCAUUGCUAGUUUUAUUUCUAUGUAUUUUAAUUUAAGGGUGUUACCUCUGACUUAAGCUAGUUAAAGUUCAACAAGUUUAUCCCAUUUUGUGUGUUUGAUAGACUGUUUGCACAAUUUGGCUGCUAAUAUGAUCAAAAAUCAGAAAGAGGAAAACUGCUCAAAGCUGAGUGUCUUCUGAGGAAGGACGUGCUUCCAAAAGAGUGACUUACAUUUCAAAAUGCACAAAGGAGAAUCUGAAGAAGUGGCUGCAUCAUUUUCUGUCAUAGUGUGUCCUUGUUUGAGCCUUCUCUUUCAGGUUUGCCUCAUCAGCAUCAGUUCGUGGUGUAGCGACAGCUUUGGGAUUCUUUUUUUACAGUGUUCUGUGGAGCUUCCAGUAUUUCUGAGGGUUUCCAGGGUUUUCAACAGAUUUUUAGACUUGGCCUCCUUUGGGUUGUAUACUUUUUUUUGUGCCUUAAGAGGCUGAAUAUCAACGUCUCAAUGCACGAAAAUUACUUGAAUGUGUCUUUGCUGGUUUCCUGUUUCCUUUGAAUGUAACUCAAGUGUAAUGUAUAAAGAUUAUUUAUACAAAUGGA